AGUUGUGGUUCAUUUUGCUUCGUUCGAAUCGCAGUUUUAUAAUUUGAUUUAUGUUGACACUUGACACCAUAUAGAUAUUCGAUGUUCUGAUAUCCAAUAAAAUAUAUAUAUUUAACCGGAUAUUCAUUUCGAUUCACGAAAAUAAAUUUAAAAAUUAGAAAAAUAUGAAAGUUCGUAUAAACAAUAAUAUUUCAUUAUAAAAUAAGAUAAUCAUCUUUUAAAACUGUAAUAAUUGAAUAAUGAAUUUAUUGAAUAUACAUAUUAUAAAACUAAAAAGAUAAUUAAAAUAAUACAUGUCACCAAAAAGUUGUAAAAAAUAAUUAUACAAUAUUUUAACAAUCAUAUAGGUAAAUAAUAAUCAGAAAACUUAAGAAGAAUAAUUAUACGAUAUAAUAUCAACUUGAAUAGGUAAGGCUUGUAAUUAAUAGUAUUACAAAGAACCAUCAUUAUUUUAUCUUUACAAUAUAUAUAUAAUUAUGUAUAUAAGUAUAUUUAAUAAUUUAAAUAUGAAUAUAGAGAUAUACAUCGGAUCAGAUCGGAUAUUCGUUUUAAAAAUUUUAGUAUUUUAAACUGAUUCAUUUUUAACGGGUAUUGCAUUUUAGUAUUUGUUUUGCUUGUACAGUUACGAAAGUAUAAUUUUUCUGAAUCGAAUCAAAACAAAUAAUGAAUCGAAUCAAAAUUUACAUAUAUUUUUAUCACCGAUACAUGCCCCACUCCAUCCAAUCCUACAUCGGUCACUGUGCGAUACAUGUAUUCCGCAGAUUUUGAUGCACUGUAAGAGGUUAAAUAACAACGUUGCAAAAUAUCAUAAAUUUUAUACCAAUUUUGAAAGAAUAUAAAGAUUUUAUUUUGCUACUUAUAUGGUAAAAAUAAAUUCAAAACUAAAAGAUAAUAAACUUAAAAUAAAUUUAUUCAAAACCAUUCAAAAUUCUAACGGUUGGUAUUAGAUAUUCAACUAUAAAUACAAGACAGUCUUUCGCCUCUGGACACCAAAUCAUUUUCAGUCUUUUCUCAGAUCCCCAAAAAUGGUGAGAAAAAGUAAAGGUCGUCAAAAGAUAGAGAUGGUCAAAAUGAAAAAUGAAAAUAAUCUUCAGGUUACAUUCUCAAAAAGAAGAACUGGUCUUUUCAAAAAAGCUAGUGAGCUUUGCACGCUUUGUGGUGCUGAAAUUGUUGUUAUUGUAUUUUCGCCUGGCAAAAAAGUUUUUUCUUUUGGUCAUCCAAAUGUUGACUGUGUAAUUGAUCGCUUCGCAAACAUUAAUCCACCAAAUCCUCGUCAACACACCGACAUACAACUUAGCGAAGCCCGUCGAAAUGCAAUUGUUCAAGAUCUCAACAAUCAUCUCACUCAAGUAACAGAAGAAUUCGAAAUUGAGAAAAAGAGGACUGAAGACUUAAAGCAAAAGAGGAAAAAUAGUCACAUGCGUGAGAAUUGGUGGGAAGAACCUAUAGAAGAGUUGAACUUAAGCCAACUCACUGAAUUCAAAUGUGGUUUGGAAAAGUUGAGAAAAACAGUGACUACUGAAGCCUGUAAGAAUUUUCAAGCAAUUGUUCCGCGUCAUAACUUCUAUGGUGGAAGUUCAAAUAAUUCUACUUUUGGGAUUUGUGAUGAUCAUACAGAUAAUAUCGACACCGAUUUAGAUCUGUAUAAUCAUCAAAGAAUGGUGGCAACGAACACAUUCGCUUGCAAUCAGCACAACAUGAUGGUUCCUUAUCAUAUUACAUCACCAUUUGGGAAUAUUGCUAAUAGUAACAUUAUUGAAGGGUUCGCUCCAGAAUACAAUCAAAACCCAAACCAAUUCUGUUUUAAGCAAGAACAAAUGUCUGAGUGUGACCAACAUUCAGCUCAUCCUCCUCGUUUCGGACAUGGUUACUAUUAAUUUUUGUUUUUUUUGCCAUAAACACAAUGUUUUAUUUAUUGUUUUUGUUUUGUUGUUAUUUUAUACAUUUGGGAUGGUGUUAGUAUGGGAAUUAUUACUGCCAAUGUUUAUUUUUUAAACUUGUUGAACACAGUUUUAGUCUGUGGAUUUUUUAUAUUUCAAAAAUUUUCAAAUUUAUAAUACUUUUUUUCCAACUUCUGUUAUGAAAUAUAUGUCAUAUGUAUAUUCUUACACUUCUCUGAAAAUAUUUAUAUUUGCCAUAUGUUUACACAAAAGAUAAUAAUAUGUUUGAGAUGAGUUUGUUGAAAGCAAAAAAAAAAAUCAUCUAAAAUUAUGAAUACUGUUCUAGAAUGAUCAAUUAUAGAUUUAUAGGACCUUAGUGGAAAACUAAAAAUAUAACCUAAAUAUUUUUGUAUUAUUAAAAGAGAAGCAAAAUAAAUGAAUAACCUUAGUAUUUCAUUUACAUUUGUGUCAUUUUGUUGAUGUGUCAACAUGACAAUGAUUCUCAGCCUACAUUUACUUCUACCCUUUCAUAACUAGAUAAAUUACUAAAAAUUGCCAUUAGACUGAUUUAGUUGUGAUAUAAUGUUGGCAACACAUAAUUUUUGAAUUUGUAUGGCUUUA